AUGAUUGGUACCUCUAUUCAUGAUCCAGUUUAUAGACGUAUAAUAGAUGAACAGAAUGACGAUGAAAAACGAACCUGGUGUAUUGUCACUUAUCCUCGUGGUGUAACAGUAUAUAAUUCUAUUGUACAAACGUUUCAUUUUCUUGCUCCAUUCAUGAUCAAUGUAGUUUCAGCUGUCAUACUCAUAGCAACAAAAUCUCGUCGACAAACAGCUGUUCAAACUCGUCGAACCUAUAGAGAGCUUUUACAAGCACAAUUUCAACAACAUCAGUAUCUAUUCACUGGUCCAGUAUUGCUGGUCAUUCUUGGAUUACCACGUUUAAUCAUGUCUUUUGUAUUAAAAUGUAUGAAAUCGAAAAAUGAUGCAUGGUACUUCUCGAUUGACUAUUUUAUCUCAUUUUUACCGCCGAUGCUUACUUUUGUUAUAUUUAUAUUACCUUCUAAAUUCUACAAAAGAGAAUUUCAUGAAUCUCUCACCAUUUAUCUAAGCAGAAUGAAACGACACUCACAAUUUAAUACAUAA